CCAUACUUGGGCAUGUCCAUCAAGCAUCAUGGCAGCUUCUCUUUCGCCAUCGAAGGUCAGACAAACCUUCACUUCUGAUUGGCUAGAAUGGUAUAACACCCGCCCUCCGUUUCACCCACGUGACCAUACGCUUUUCUGACUGCGUCUCGCGCCUGCCAGACAAAGCGGCUCCAGCCAAUCGAACGCUCCGUCCUUCGGCCUUACGUCACAGCCGUUCACCGGCAGCUAAUGCUAGGAUCCAAGAUGUCCGCGAUGUUCCCCAUGUGUGUGAGAGCCAGCCGGAGCCUCCUGCGGUCCAGGAGCGGGGCGUUAGUUGCUUCCAGCCCGCAGCAGCUGCUGGAUAUCAUCCGGACUCUCUCCACGGAGAAAAGCCCGGCAGGUACGGGCGGUGCGACGGGAGGGCUAGCCCAGGCUAUCCUCCAGGAGAGGCUCCAACAGCAGCAGCAGCAGCAGAGUCAGGGCCAGCCGCCUCCAGAGGGCGAGCCCGGCGAGAAGGACGGCGAGCAGGCGGAGGACAGGAAGCAGAAGGAGAACACGGCCUACGCCAAGAAGAUGUUGCUGCGGCUGACGGGCCUCAUGGGGCUGGGCGGGGCGGUCAGCCUCAUCUACGUGUUCGGCACAAAUUCAGUGGAUGAGCAAGGAAACAGGAUCCCAGAUGAGUUUGACAAAGAUCCUCCCGUCGUCCAGCAGCUGAGGAGAACCUACAAAUACUUCCAGGACUACAGACAGAUGAUCAUCGAGCCGACGAGCCCGAAGCUGCUGCCCGACCCGCUUAGGGAGCCGUACUACCAGCCGCCCUACACGCUGGUUCUGGAGAUGACGGACGUGCUGCUGCACCCGGAGUGGUCGCUCUCCAUCGGGUGGCGCUUUAAGAAGCGGCCGGGCAUCGACUACCUGUUCCAGCAGCUGGCGCCGUACUACGAGAUCGUCAUCUUCACGGCUGAGACCGGCGUGACGGCGUACCCGCUGAUCGACAGCAUCGACCCGCAGGGCUUCGUCAUGUACCGCCUCUUCAGAGACGCCACGCGCUACAUGGAGGGUCAUCACGUCAAGGACGUGUCGUGUCUGAACCGGGACACCAGCAGGGUGAUCGUGGUGGACUGUAAGCGGGAGGCCUUCCAGCUGCAGCCCUUCAACGGCCUGGCGCUCAGGAAGUGGGACGGCAACUCUGACGACCGCACGCUCUACGACCUCGCCAACUUCCUCAAGACCAUCGCUGUGAGCGGCGUGGACGACGUCCGCGGCGUUCUGGAGAACUACGCUCUGGAGGACGACCCCAUCGAGGCCUUCAAGCGGCGGCAGGCUCAGCUGGCUCAGGAGGAGGAGCAGCGUCUGGCUGAACUGUCCCUGCAGAAGAAGCAGGGACUCUCUCUGGGCUCCAUCACGUCGCGGUUCUGGCGCUCCAAGCAGCAGUGAGGGCCCCGCAGAGCCCCACCCACCCGCACGCCUCCACCAAUCACAGCCCUGCGCGGGCUGAGGGGCGGGGCCUGUGGACUGAGCAGCGUCCGCCACCAGAGGGAGCGGGGCUCGUGUCACCUGGUGCUUUUCUCAGCUGCUGAUUGGGUCAAGCGAACAGAACCCGGACAGUUUGGACCACGGCGGCUCGGGUUCCCUUGUUCUCCUCCUGCAGGGGAACCGCUCACAGAACCAGAACCUGUUGUUACCCUGAUGGACUCGUGAGCGCCUCCUGCGGCGGUUCUGAUGGACGUUGGACCUCGGAGCGGAGCGGCUGCCUGGUGUCAUCCGCUGCACAUCGUAAACCGCCUGUGGUUCUGGUUCUGAGUGGUUCUGGGGAAACGGUACCUCGGGUUCUGAACUGCAUCUCGUUGGUUAGAAAGUCAGGAAGUCCAUCUCUGUUCAUGGUUCUGGUUCUGGUGAUCAGCUCCUCAGAAAUACAUCAGACCAAUAAAGACGAGCGUUUUAAUCCAGAACCGCUCGUUGGGCCCACAGAACCAUCAACAUUCAUCUGAGCAGAGGACUUUGGACCUCUGAUUGUUCUGACAUCUGUCUGUGGUUGUGGGGCGGCUGCGGUCCGUGUUCUGGUUCUGGUUCUGCUCACCUGCUGAACCUCCAGCUGCUGCCGUCUCCUGGACCUCGGUCCAGUGCGCACCAGAACAUGGACCUACCAGAACUUCUCUCUGUUAAAAUUCUUUUUUAUGGGUCCGAUGUAACGUCCUGAAUAAUGUUCUGAUAUUUAUUGAAAUAAAGGAGAUGUUCAGACCUGACCCACUGGGUUGUCCCAGCAUCAGACCACACUG